CUGAGUACAGAGGAGGGAUUUUACUCAUGCUGCCAGGGGGGAGGCACAACACUGCUACCCAAGCCAAACAUCAGUUUGUAAUCUACUGCAUUGGCUUGGAAGUCUGAGUCAGGGAUGAGAAGGAGAUAAAUGAGCAGAGGGAAAGGAUUAGACUUCAGAUUGGCAGAGUUCAAUAAGCUUGAGAAGAAAUAGAUACCAUGGGAUAACUAUGAGCAUGUUUAGGGGUGAGCCAGAAAGAAUAUCCAUGGAGUCCUGUGGCCAAACUGCUGAGUCAUGUUGUGACGUUUGUCCAAAUGUUGUGUGAAAUGUUGUGUGAAACCUGUAUCCUUCAGCAUCCUGCUCUGUUCUGGAGGUGGAGAGGAAGAGUUUUACCGUUAGCAUCAGCAGCCAGCAGCAUCCAAAUUCGCCUGAUGCAGGAAGAAAAAGCAGCAUAAUGAGCCGAUAAAGGUAUGGUCCUGUGCUGAUGGCGCACUCUGAGUUGUUUGUGACAAGAGCGCCCCCUGUGGAGGGGAGAGCUGUGGAGCUGGAUGUUCUGAGCUACCUGGACUCUUUUGGGGAAGAAAACAACACUGCUGAAAGAUGCUACCGCUCGCACUCCCGCAGUAGCGUCCUCCAGGGUCUGCCGUUUGGAGGGGUGCCAACGGUUCUCGCCAUCAAUGUUGUUCUCUGGAUGUUCUUAUUGCUCAUCUUCUCCUGUCUGAGGAAGGCUGCAUGGGACUAUGGUCGCCUGGCUUUGCUGAUGGAGAAUGACAGUCUCACAUCCUUGUUUUAUGGAGAACCGAGUGAGAAAGAAAAGUCUCCGUCAGAGUCUAGUCCCUCUGACUCUGAGACCAAGGACAUGGGCUUCUGCUCAUGGCUCUCAUCACUUUACCACAUGAAGGAUGAAGAGAUACGUAACAAAUGCGGCAUUGACGCCGUCACAUACCUGUCCUUCCAACGCCACAUCAUCCUGCUCAUGACAGUGGUUUGCCUGCUGUCUUUGGCCGUAAUCCUGCCGGUCAACUUUUCUGGGAACCUCCUGGGAGACAGUCCUGAAAACUUUGGAAGAACAACACUGGCUAAUGUUAGCGCAAAGGACAGCUUUCUGUGGCUCCACAGCAUUUUGGCUCUGGUCUACUUCAUCAUCACGUUGCUGUGUAUGGCUCACCACUUGAUACGGCUGGAGUACAGAGAAGAUGAGAAGGUAGCCAGGACACUGAUGAUUACCUCCAUACCAAGAGAGAUCUCUGACCCAGGACUCAUCACCAAACACUUCCAUGAGGCCUACCCCAGCUGUACUGUCACUGAUAUCCGUUUCUGCUUUGAUGUCCGCAAUCUGAUGAGGUUGGAUUUAGAGAGACGCAAGGCAAUGAAAGGCAGGCUGUACUUUGCCACAAAGGCUCAAAAGGAGGGGAAGAUCAUGAUCAAGACCCAUCCGUGUGCUCAGAUAUUCUGCUGCAAUAUCUGUGGCUUUGAAAAGGUGGAUGCAGAACAGUACUACAGCGAGUUAGAAGAAAAGCGGACAGACGAGUUUAAUGCCGAGAAGAACCGCAUCUCCAUGAAGAGACUCGGCAUUGCCUUUGUGACUUUUCGUGAUGAGAGGAUGACCGCUGUCAUUGUGAAGGACUACGGUUGUGUACGCUGCCGUCGCUGCCCUCAGCAGUCCAGCAUCACCACUGUGGUGCAGUCGCAUAAAUGGGGGGUCAGCUACGCACCCGCUCCCAGUGACAUCAUCUGGGAAAACCUGUCAGUGUGUGGAUCUCGCUGGUGGCUGCAAUGCGUCCUCCUCAACAUCCUUCUCUUCCUGUUGCUCUUCUUCCUCACCACUCCUGCCAUCAUCGUCAACACGAUGGACAAGUUCAACGUCACAAGGCCUGUGGACAGUCUGCGGAGCCCUGUCAUUACCCAGUUCUUCCCAACCCUCCUGCUGUGGGCGUUUUCAGUGCUGCUGCCCUUUAUCGUCUAUUACUCAGCAUUCUUUGAGUCCCACUGGACCAGAACUGGUGAGAACCAAGUAACGAUGCACAAGUGUUUUUUCCUGCUGGUCUUUAUGGUCAUCAUCCUUCCCUCACUUGGUCUGUCCAGUCUGGACCUGUUCUUCACAUGGCUUUUUGAUGUCAACUUCCUGGAUGAGAAGGAGGUCAAAUUCCAGUGUGUGUUUCUUCCCGACAACGGUGCAUUCUUUGUAAACUAUGUGAUUACAUCCAGUCUGAUUGGCACAUCUAUGGAGCUGCUUCGUAUCCCGGCACUGACGGUGUACGCCGUCCGCCUCUGCUUUGCCAAGUCCCAGGCUGAGCGCAUUCAUGUCAAACGGAGUCAGGCCUAUGAGUUCCAGUUCGGCCUGGAGUAUGCAUGGACCAUGUGCAUCUUUGCAGUUAGCAUAACCUACAGUAUCACAUGUCCCAUCAUUACACCCUUUGGCCUGCUCUAUGUGAUCCUGAAGCACAUGGUUGACCGAUACAACAUCUACUAUGCAUACGUUCCCACCAAGCUCAGCCAGCGGAUCCACAGAGCAGCCAUCAGCCAGGUCAUCCUGGCUCCCAUCCUCUGCAUGUUCUGGCUGCUCUUCUUCUCUAUGCUCAGAUUAGGUCCGGUACAUCCCAUCACCCUCUUCACCUUAGUGUCCCUGAUCUCCUGUAUUGCCUUUUCCCUCUUCCGCUUGUGCCUUAAAAAGCAACCAGACAAGUCAACGAGCUACCAGAUGUCUGAUCAGCCAGCAGAGGGGACCUUCACUGAUGGAGACAGGAGUACUGUGACAUCCACCACUGCCUCCAGUCUGUUUGUGGCAACCGUGCUGCUGGAGCCAGAGCUGGCUUUGACUCCCAUGCCCUCCCCUGCCCACCACAGCUACGGAGCCAUAGCUAGCUCCCAGAGUACAAGCCACGGCCCAGAGGAGGAAGGGGAGUGUGAGGAAGGCCACGCCCAGACCCAUGAGACUGAGCUCCAAGACCCACCAGACCCCUACUGCUCCAGCCCGCUCAUGGACAGCCAUGUGGGCUUCCAGUAACACCAGUUCCCCCAAGCUGAGUCUUUGUGUCCUUCACCUGGGGAACACAGAUUGCUAAAUGCCACAAUGCCCUAUUUUCGUGUCGGAUCUCAGACUCCAACUUAGCUGCUUCAGACCCCGAGACCAGACUUGGCUUGUUAGAAACAACAAACCUUAGAGGAAAGAAUACAGGAGCAGGAUCCAUGCAAACAUCACUAUAAAUAUAUAGACAGCAGUUUGACAAAACAUCUCCUGAACCUGUCUUGUGGAAUUAUUUUAAUUAGUUUAGUAAACUAUUGGAUGCUCCGUGAAAGGGAUUCCAGCUUCUUCUAUGGCUUCAUUUGCAAGUUAAAAAGGUUAAAAGUAAUGAAAGAGACUGGGGCGGGAUUUCCCUUUCGGCUGCUAUCAGAGAUAGUCUGUCCAUCCUGUGCCACUUGAACAGGAGUGGAGGUGAAAGUUCCCAUCAGUGUGGGUGGUGUGAGCAGGCUUGCCCCAGCAGACUGACAGAGUGGUCUGGGCACGGGUGAUAUCUCAGCGACAAAGCUCAGGGAGGCUGAGGGCAGCUAGUUGUGAAGCCAUCUGCAGUGAGAGAGCAGACAGACGGAGCAGGGCCGAAUGUAACUCAGACAUGUACUAUAAUAUAUGUACAGUCUCUCCAAGAAGGCACAAGCGGUUUGACCAUACCUAAAAGCUUACUGUAACUAUUAUCAAUUCAAGGUUGCUAUUUUUGCUACUGAAUUUUUGGUGUCAUUGAUAUUGUGCUUUGGGUUUGGGGCUUUUUGCUACAGGGGAUUGGAUUUGCAGAGCUGUCCCGUCUUAAUCAAAGUAUUCCGUCAUUAGGCUGUUUUGAUUGUGUAUAUGAUUCUUCUCGAUUUUUUUAUUCAUUGAUUGACAUUUGGAAUAUGCUAGUUUGCUUUCUUCUCAUUUAAUCUCUCGGCAAGAAGGCAUAUAUGUUUAUUUCCCAAAUUCUAGAACAUUUUGAAAAUAUGACAUAGAGUCUACUUUCUCUCAUUGCAAGAAAAAAUAUUGAAAUCUCUUGAGGAAUUUCAUUAUUUUUUAUUUUAAUUACUUGACAUACUGUGUUACCACUGAGGCCAUUAUAUUAAAUAAUAGUAAUAAUAAUAAUGUUAAUAAAGCGUUACCAUAAUGGCUCAAAAUUGUUUCUUGGUAUUUGGUUUAGUGUUGGUCACAGUUCUGUGAUGAAAAUAAAAUUAUAAAAAUGUUUUUUAAUGUCCAAAAUACAAAUAGUAAUAAUCAGGCACCAUCAGACUGUACCAUGAUUUCAGUUCCAUUAAUCUAUUCUGUGUGACACUGGCUCUGUUGUAUAAAUCUGUUAUGCAUUUCCAUUCUUAUCCAUAAGAUCAGGUUUCACACGUGCUAAUCUCAUUGUUUUACCGUCAGUCUGUAUUUUUGCAUGUUUUGUAUUGUGGGGUUAUUUUUAUUUUCUUGUGGAAGGAUGAAUGUUUUUUCUUCUCAUGAAACUGAAUGUUAGCUGAUUGUAGUUUGUUAUUUAUGUCUCUUUCUGUGCCUUGAACAAACACUCCCUUUCGUGUGACAAUCCAGCAUGGCCAAAAAUAUGCUGCAUGGACAGAAAACUAUAAAGCGAAGAAAACUUGAAAAGAUGAAAACAGAACAACAA